AAUAGUGCGCGAACGCAGCAGGAGAGGGAGCGUGUGUAUGUGCGCGUGCGAGUGUAAUGAGUGAGAAAGAAAAGGCGUGCGUAAAAAGGGAGAAAGGAAACGAGCAACGAGAAAGAGGUAUCAUCUCAUUCUUAUAACAUGGAACGAAGAGAGCCGUCGCGGGUGAGCGGGCGCACGCGCUUUAUUAAAUACAAGCUCUCUCUUCUCUCGAAUGAGCGAGUCUCUUUCGAGAUAUCCUGCCGCGACAGGGGCUCCCGUCGUAGCGUCGCCCGGUUGACGCCCCCUCGAGCAUGGUGCCGCCGCCGUGUGGCACAUAAACGCGUCGCGAUUGUCAUGUCUCCGAUCUUCCGAGAACAUAAGGACUUUGACAUAUGCAGCACUGUGUGGCGUUACUGUCUCGGCGCCUCAAACGAGGAAAGAAUAUCAUCGCUUCGCGCAAAAAAGAAAAAAAAACAAGUGUUUAAAGAAGUGUCCCGCUAAUAAAGGGACAAACAUCUGUAGAAGAGAUCAAGGUAGAAAAAAUCUUCGCGUCGCGAGUGACCGAUAAAUCGAUCAGCGAUGUGCCCCGCUUUCCGUCGCCGUCACGAAGACGAUGCCUGCCGCGAAGAUGACAUUUAUUUACGUGACCGAAGUCUGAUCGAUCGCCGUCGGUUACCGAUCGACCGAACGUCGCCUGUUGCGACCGACGCGUACGUGAUAAGCGUUGCGAUCGUUUUACAUCGCGACGCUCGGAUUUCAGCGAUUCGCGUGGCCUCGGGUGGUCAACGGUGUAUCGUUCCGCGUACGUAUGCGCGCGCGAUAAUCCACGAGAGCUUAGCGGUAAGCUCUGACCGCGUGCACGGUUUAACUCGCGUGCAGACAUGUCCGCGCGGACACGCAUGGAUCUCUAUCUCAUGGACAUACGCGAUGAGUGACACCGAUGGUAAAGCAUCGCGAUAAUCCGGCGAUGUGCUGCGCUUUUCAACGAAGAAUAUAUCCAUGCACACAUGUAUUUGUGGACUGUCGGAAAAAAAUCGGAUUCACGCCACGAGAUCCUAAAGACGAGUGCUUCUGAGACUUCCAACGGUCUUUUGGCACAAUUGCGGCAGUUUGGAGCAUUAUCCUUAUAGAUGCAACUUUGUUGUCUCCAUAAAGGAUUAAUAUUAUUAAUACCUACAUUAUUGCAUUGGAUUGUGUCUGGAUUGACAAAAUAUUUUUGUGCUGUAUCUUCGUCUUCCAGCUUUACUAUACUUUUACUAUAAGAUGUCGUCCCGAGAUUAUGAUAGAAGAAGAGGUGGCAGUAGCAGCAAUUCAAGCAGACUGCGUAUGGACACGAGCGUCUCACAAUCUAGAUCACACGGCGAGAGUUCCAGCAAGCGGAAGGAGAUAGACAAUGUAAUGCGAAAGGCGCGUGAAUCGCAAUCGAGCUAUUGGAACAAGAAGUUGUUGGAAGCAGAGGAGCGAGAUCCAAACAGAUGGCGUCAUAGCGGAUAUAAGGAGCUAUAUGUCGGUGGCGGUAGCGAAUCCAGUAGCAGGGGACAUCCUAAAAGUCCAAGAAGCCCGCGAUCCCGCAGUCCCCAUAGUCCUCGACCUCGCAGCCCCCGAAUGAGAAGUCCACGAUCGCCGCGCGAACGCCCUUCUCGCGAACACAACAAAAAAUCAGCUGCUCGUAACUCUAGCACCGGCAGCACAUGUUCCGACAGAUCGUGUUCCGUUUGUUCGCCCAAAGAACGACGACGCCUCGCGCCACCGUCUCGCUCACACUCGAGAUCAAUCAGUCCAAUACGAACCAGAGCACAUCCCAAAGAAGUGAUCGCAUCCAGUUCACGGGCCUUACAGCCGCGCACGAGACCGCGAUCGCCGCCUCUGCCGCGGCCUCGAACACCACCGCCGGCUCCGCAACCGCCACUGCGCCAUCAAAAAGAUUACAAAAACCUCAAGGAAAAAGAAUCUAAGGCUCGUCGUAAAGAGAAACAUCACAGCAGAUUGCCAGAGGAUCCACGAAUACCAGAUCCUAUCUCAUUGAUACGUAAACCGGUAAAAGUAGAAAAAACACACACAAGUCAUGGGGCAUCACAAAUAAUGCGGCCACCACCACCAGAAUCUUCACCUAGUGACGAUAGUGACAGUUCUUCAACUACAUCCCACGUUGGACCACCAAAAAUGACAUUAUCUGAACGAUUCGGUAAAAUGGCGCAGUGGAGCGUGGAUCGUAGGGAUAUGGAGAAUAUGCGCAUCACGAAAGAUGGCGAGAACGCAAUGAAGGUUGUUAUAGAAGGCGAGGAAAGAAUCGCGCGCCUAGGUUAUGAUUCGCCGCCUCCCGGCCAUUAUCCUGAGUCACUUUUGGCACAGGGACCGAGAGGCUUCGAGUGCUGGGACGACGUACGCGUCCGAUAUGAUUAUUACAAAGCGAGAGGAUACCUUCGUGACCUUACUCUCGAUGAUUAUAUUAAAUGGGAAGAAUGGUGGUACAAAUACCAGGAAUGGCUUGAAGCUGAACGUUUCUACGAACAAUGGGCCUCGUCAAAUCGUCCGUCUGGUGGCGGCAGUCGCAAAAGACGUGGGCGGCGCAAUAAUGCUACUCAUUAAAGAUAUACAACACAAAUCUCUGUUACGAUUUAUGCUCGACUUUAUUGACAAAAUAUGCAGUGAUACCAAUAUGCUUAGUAUACAAAAAUAUGUAUGUAUGUAUGUAUAAGUUGUGCAUCGUAAUAAUAAAAAAGCUAAUUGUGUAAAACAAAAAA